AUGAAUGCUUCUUUUCUUGCACUACCAUAUUUCGCAUUGGUUUUUAUAUUUUAUCAUCAAUCAAAUGGUUUCAUUCGAAGCUAUGAUAACUUAUAUGAAUAUUGGAAAACAUUACCAGUACUAAUUUUAAGUAUACUAUAUUAUGCUGUUGGUUCAAGCUUUAGCAAUCAUCAACGUACCUAUGCAUCACUUGGAUUAUUAGCUGGCGCUAUCGGUGAUUAUAUGAUUACACGUCCAAAUAAUGGUCUUUUCAUUGGUGCAGCUUGUUUUGCUAUUGGCCAUAUCUUUUAUUUGGUAAGUAUUAAUUAA